AUGGAAGCGUCCAGUCACGUCUCCCACAGAGCUUUCCUCCCGCCAGAGUCAUCUGAGGUGUCACCACCACUCAAAACUGAAACGGUGUCGCCGGAGUCUACCUACUGUCGAUUUCCAUCAAUCGAAUCGAUGCUCUCCUCAACAACACAGUCUAGCUAUAAUGCACCAACCACGACGACUCCACCUGGAAACUUUUCUGUUGCACAGGUUAUAAUGAAUAACGAGAACCCAAAUAGACAAAUGCAAAUUCAUCCAAUGAAUGAGAUGCCGUGGUUCCCAAUGGAUAUACAUCAGGGUAUUGGGCAUGGUAUGAUGCCAGCUAUGUCACCAGUGACGCCUGCCGGAAUAGCUUCACAAAUGUCACUUACUCCAAACGGAAACUUCUCACCAAUGGCGUAG